AUGCUAAGCCUCAACCCCAACCCCUCCCUUCAGGGAGGAGCGUGUGAUCAGAGGGUCAACUCAAGGUUGGAGUGGGUGGAGAUCAUCGAGCCGCGCACACGGGAGCGUAUGUACGCCAACCUGCUGACGGGCGAGUGUGUGUGGGAUCCUCCUCAGGGUGUUCGCAUCAAGCGGACUGGUGACAACCAGUGGUGGGAGCUGUUUGAUCCCAACACCUCGCGCUUCUACUACUACAAUGCCUCCACCCAGCGCACAGUGUGGCACCGGCCCCAGGGCUGCGACAUCAUCCCCCUGGCCAAGCUGCAGACUCUGAAGCAGCACACUGAUGCUGCUAACCCCCGUCCUGCAGGUGGAGGAGGAGGGAGAGCGUCAGCUGACAACAGCCCCGGACGUAACAGCGGGGUCAGCCGAGAGGGAAGUACUUCCUCCUCCCUCGAUCAGGAGCUCUCUGAAAAACAGGGCAACAGAGAGGAGGCAGACAGGACUUCACCCUUUAGGUGGAACACUGGUACAAAGGAGCGAAUGCUAAUCAAGGUGACAGACAGAGAGCCCAGCUUCUUGGCCCACCAGGGAAAUGGUUAUUCCCCCUGUGACCCCCCCACCCCUGGUCCCCCCUCUGGAGGGGGCACCACCUCACGAACCCGCCGUUCCUCUGGAGGAAACCCGCCUCAAGAACCCGAUGGCUCCCCCGUUCUCUAUUCCGACCGCCGUCAGUCUCCCUUUCUGAAGAGGGCUGAGCUGGGCAGCACAGGUACCCACCGCCGCUCCUCAGCUGACUCCCAGCCUCCCUCGCCUCGCUAUGCCUAUGAACCCCCACUUUAUGAGGAGCCUCCGUCAGAGUACCAGCCCCCUCCCAUCUAUGAGGAGCCCCCCACUGACAUGCACCUCUCUGACUCCUCCUCCUUCUACGGCACUGGCAAGUCACCUGCUCGUAAGUCUUCAGCCCCCCUCUAUCACUCUCCCAAGCAGGGCCAGUCGCCUUAUGGCCAGCUGGUCCUGACCAGGCAGAAGUGUCCAGAAAAGACCCAGAGUCUAGAGUACAGUCCUGUGGGGAAGGAGUACGUCAAGCAGCUGGUGUACGUGGAGCAGUCGUCUUCUAGCCCUCGCUUCAAGACAGCUGACCGCCUGCUGCGUUAUGGCACUACAGGGGGCUAUGGUGGCUCAUAUGGGGGAUCCUAUACUCUGCAGCACAGCCAGUCUCUAAUCAGGGACCCCCGCCUACUGCUGGACUACAGUGGGGAGGGUGGAGAGGGAGGCCAGAGGUUGCUUUAUGAAGACUCCAUAUCCUGGACAUCCAGUCAGACCCACUCCCUCUCCUCUUCCUCUACAAGUGGUCCUGGGGCUUUCUCUCCCGGAGGUAACCGCAAACGGAAGAGCCGCAAGCCGUCCCUCCCCCAGGAGCUCGCACGCUGUGGAGGGCAAGAGGGGGAGCUGGCAGGCACAGCAUCGGAGGCAAUGCUGGCCCAGGCCAGGCUGGCGUGGGAGGCCCAGCAGGUGAUGAAACAGAGGAGCAGUUGGGACUCUGGACAGGGUGGGGGGGCUGCCCAGAGUGGCGGCUCCAAAGAUGGCUAUGAGAGUGACGGGGCAGUGCCUCUGCCACUACCGGGACCAGUGGUGAGGGCGUUCAGUGAGGAUGAGGCGCUGGCGCAGAGUGAUGGCCAUCACUGGAAACGCAGCACCUUUGAUCGGCUGGGCUUCCCCCAAGCCCUGCUGGAGAAAAGCCUCUCUGUCCAGACCAACCUGGCCUCCCCUGAGCCUUAUCUCCACCCCUCACAGUCAGAGGACCUUGGAGCCUGUGCCCAGUUUGAGGCCAGUCGAAAUGCCAGGAAUAUGAUGCCUAGCGCCAGCUGUGGCAUUUUCCCAGAAUUCAACCUGAGAAAGCCCUCCUCAGAGACCGACAUCGAGAACUGGGCAUCCAAGCACUUCAACAAACACACACAGGGUCUGUUUCGAAGAAAGGUGUCCAUUGCCAACAUGCUGGCCUGGAGCAGUGAGCCCAUCAAGAAGCCCAUGAUUGUCACCUCAGACCGCACUGUGAAGAGGGAGGCAGUGGACAUCUUUAAGCUCAUUCAGACCUUCAUGGGAGACCGUCGCUCUAAGGCUGACUCCCUCUCUGUUGCUCUGGAGGUGGUGGUACGUGGGUGGAGUAACCAGGGUCUGCGGGAUGAGCUCUACAUCCAGCUGUGUCGUCAAACCACCGAGAACUUCCGCUACGACAGCCUGGAGCGAGGCUGGGAGCUGAUGGCCAUCUGUCUGGCCUUCUUCCCCCCCACACCGCGCUUUCACACCUACCUGGAGGGCUACAUCUACCGACACAUGGACCCUCUCAAUGAUACCAAGGGAGUGGCCAUUAGCAGCUAUGCUAAAUACUGCUACAGGAAACUGACAAAAGCUGCUCUGACUGGUGCCAAGAAGGGCCUGCAGAAGCCUAGUCUGGAGGAGAUCAAGCACGCCAGGAAUGCCAUCUUCAGUCCCUCCAUGUUUGGCUCCUCCCUGGAUGAGGUGAUGGCGCUUCAGAAGGAGAGGUAUCCGGACAGCCAGCUGCCCUGGGUGCAGACUCGCCUCUCUGAAGAGGUGCUGGGUCUCAAUGGAGACCAGACAGAGGGCAUCUUCAGGGUACCAGGGGACAUAGAUGAAGUCAAUGCCCUCAAGCUGCAAGUGGAUCAAUGGAAGAUCCCCACAGGACUGGAAGACCCACACAUCCCAGCGUCUCUGCUGAAGCUCUGGUACAGGGAGCUGGAGGAGCCACUGAUCCCUCAUGAGUUUUAUGAGGAGUGUAUCAGUCACUAUGAUAACCCAGAGGCAGCUGUUAAUGUGGUGCUGGGCCUGCCACACAUCAACAAACUGGUGCUCUGCUACCUCAUCCGCUUCCUACAGGUAUUUGCCCAGCCUGCCAAUGUGGCCAUCACCAAGAUGGAUGUGAACAAUCUGGCCAUGGUCAUGGCUCCCAACUGUCUGCGCUGCCAGUCCGACGACCCCAGGGUGAUCUUUGAGAACACCCGCAAAGAGAUGUCCUUCAUCCGGGUGCUCAUCCAGCGGCUGGACACCAGCUUCAUGGAUGGAAUCCUAUAGCCCCCCCACCACACACACACACACACACAGACACACACAGACACAAACUAUCCAUACUUUACCCCCAGCUUCCCCAACAAUCCCUUUAACCCACUUCAUGACAGGCCCCUACACACUCCCCCAGCACAGGAACAUCAUACAUACACAUUGUUGCUGCUGGGUGAAUACCUUGCCUCUCCAACAUGUUUACUUUUCUGGAACUAACAAAACUGCCUUGUUUUGGAGUUUGACCACUGUACAUUUUGAGUUGAACCAGCUGUAUUUUCUAUUUCUGUAGACAUAGUCCUUGAACUGACAUUGACAUGAGAAAAACACCACUAUUGGAGUUCCAAGGUUUUCAUAUGCUAACAGUACUGUGUGUGCCUUCACAUACAUAAUACCGUAUACACAUACAGUAUGAAGGAAUUAGCAGGGAUCUCAUCAUUCAGUUGGAUUCAUGUUAGACUCACUGGCACACUCACACUUCAGGACCGCAAAGGUUCAUUUCACAUCCAAAUUAUUUGUUUCCCCCUGCUUAAACACACACGCACCGUCACAUACAAAAUAGACACACAUAUUACACACACAUAUUAGUACAUGCACACACUUGUAUUGAAAGUCUUGCUCCAAGAUUCCACCUUCUGCAGUGUACAAUACCAUAUUAACACACAGCAAUAUUUAUCACUGAGGUGAAUGAUGCAUUCAUUAACAUGACACACACACAGUUCUGCCACAGGUGUUCAAGACUCUCACACAUAAACAAUGCAUUCAUAGCACCAGAUUUUCACAAGAUAUAAAGCCUAACUGCACAAUUCCAUCAGUAUUUUAAUAUAUCAUAUUAAUCUGGCAAGAUUUUAACGGCCUGUGUGUCACACUGCCACAACUUAGACGGAGCUGAAAACUCAACACAGAGGCUCCUGUUUGCCUCAAGAUGGCAAACUUGUGCUGUCUAAAUGAGAAAACAUCCAACAAGACACAACAUUUAAUGUGAAACAUAGCUUCACCCUGUUAGUCAGGUGUUUCCUGCCAAUAACCUGACUUAAAACAAGUGUAGUUGUAAAGGAAGACAGGGAUAAGGUGGGAGCCCUGUUGGUCACUAAGCCAUCGAGUGAGGAGAACAUGAACACUAAAUCACCCUGAGUUUUGUUUGGACUUAAAGGUUUUAAAGCUUCCAUCAUGUUGGGUUCAUGGACAAAUAAGCAUAGACUUUGCUCAAAUUGUUAGUAUAUUCUAGAAAUGUUAAAGGUAUAUUAUGCAGGGUGUCUAUUACUGUUUGCAAACACAUUCGCCAGUGCAAGUUAAAGCCAACCUCAGAUUCAUUCUCGUUUGGCAUUUUGCCUGGCUAUAUUUGUGUCUCUUGGAUGCCUGCUGCUUACAGUCCAACACCUGCUUGCUACCUUUUUAUAAAGUCAUGAUCUCACCUGAGUGCUGUGGGAGUACACAACCAUAAACUUCCCAAACCCAGAAAACAAGAAAAUCUAGACAGAAGGCAGAUUCUCUGCAGAUAAAUACACCACAAUACCAUUCUACUGGGUUAUAAACAGGCCCAAAGCAGCAGUGAUCUGAAAUGAAAAUCUGUGGAAUUCUGUGCAAUGUUUUGUUUUUUUUUUUUUUGCUCGUUAUGUGAUAAACAAUAUUCAUUUAUGAUAACAAUUGUUUUUGAACAAAAAUAACCUCACACAAUACAUUAAAACCUAAAAUUACCGAAAGCAGGUUAAAAGAACUACCUGGUGAAUUUUAGUAGAAACUUUCAAUCAAAUUUUAUUUAAUCAGAAAUACUUCAAAAAAUAUGUAAACAUUUGUUGGAAAAGUCAAUCAAACAAAAUGUGGGACACAUGGCCAUUGAAUUGGAUGGUUCAAUAUGGAGCAGAGAGUGAGAGAAAUUAAUUUGCCAGUCUAUUAACAGCAAGUCUUAUUUUGGCAAUUCUUCUCUACACCACUUACUUUGAUUUUAAAGCUAUCUGAAUACAACACACAAUUGUCACACACAUGCACAAGGAGGUGGAGGGGACAGUGACAACAUUCUGAGUUUUACUGGCAGCGUCUAUAUUUUGAAAAUCUGCGGAAAAUCUGUGGAGCUCUGGGGCACUGAUUCUGUAUGGGCCUGCUUAUAAGUGGUGAUUUAGAGAAAUUACUUCUGUUUGAGUCUAAACAGUUUUCUUUUAGGAAAAUCCUGUAUAAUAUAUCGUUAGGUAUUUAAACAAAACAUACUCAACACAUUAUAUUGUCAGAGUGGGUUGUCACUCUUCCUACCUCGUAAGUAAGGACCUCUGGCUGCACAAGUUAUUUCAGUCAGAGUCUUGAAAAGUAAAAAAAAAAAAAAAAAAAAAAAAAAAAAAGUAUGAAAUUGAGUCUUAUUAGAUUUUAGAUUUACAAAAGUCUAGUCUAUAGAAAAGUCUGAUACUGUACUCUCUCUUGCCAGCUGUAGGCAGUAAUGUUAGUUAUAACAUAUUUUUGCAGGCUGUUAAACACCUGCAGACGAAAGGUUCUAUUGUUCUUACAGUGGACUGUACUGUAGCAGGCUGUCCAAUCCUGUUUUAUGGAGUUUUAGUCAGCACCAUGACACCUGUAACAGACACUGUCAUGACUGCAAGCCUUAGUAUAACAUGGAAGCUCAUCAGCUCAUAAUGAGAAAGUGUUGAUUUCAUAAUGAAUUUUUAAUAAGUUGAUUUAUCCAUUCAUUUUCAAGGUGUAGCUUGUGUUGAUUAAUUUACAUGCUAAAUCUUGCUGAGAGGCAGACACUGCAGCCACCCACAAGUGACAGUUAUGGUGGAUGCUAAAACACAGGAACACUAAGAGAACGAUCAUAAGUCAUCAAACUGACUCAGUGAUAUCCGGUAUGCAGAACAAUCUAAGUCUGGUAACAUUAGCCACCAUGAGCUACUGCUCCUACCAAAGUGUGAAAAACUGUAGCAGACAAACCUUUGAGUGUAUGAGAUUAAGCUACAGUGUGUUUUUUGCUCAUGAGUUGAAAUGUCAUUUGUAAGGAGAUGUGAAAUUACUUUUCUCAAAAGUUCCAUACUCUUGAUUUUAUACACACACUACAGUAAGAGUAGUGCUAUUACAUUAUACUGAUUGUGAAAUACUGUACAAACCAGCAAUUGCUAUAGUUAUCUGGUAUGCAGCACUGGAGACAGUAACCACGGUCUAGGUGGAUUUCGGUGUCCAUGUUCUAAUCACUUAACACAUGGAAGGCCAGUUUAGUUUCUCCUUACUGGCUGAAAAUGUGCUAACAGGAAAUAAGCCAGCAACACUUGCCUUGGCUCUGGCAGAUGAUGGCCUGUCUUUGAAUGAAACAUAUAAACUGAUCUCACAACAGUUUUAUAUUCUUUAGCAUUAGAUCAUCUUGAGGAAAUCUGGUGGUGACUGUCCACUCUGCCACAGUAUUUGGUGCUGUCCAGUCACUUUGGCUGCUGACCACAGCCUCCUGAAUCCAUGAGCGACACAUCCAGCAGUAGGGAUGAUAGCAGCACUGCCAAUAAGGCCCCAUACAUAGUGUUCAAACACAGAUCAGCAUGCUCAUUCAUCCUGGGAGGGAUUUGAGAAGUGCCAGUUCUCCCACAAUAACCCCCCCAGGCCCAUCCUCCCACCCCACCUGAGUCCACAAAGCAAGUCCACCACCAUCACGGAGCCCCAACAGGCCUUUCUGCUCACUAAUGAUUUGUGAAUGUGUCUACCUGCUUGUCUGUUUGUCUGUCUGUCAUUGUUUACAAGAUGUACCUGUCUCUUGCAUUCAUAUGGUCUUUGUCUAUGAGCAAGUACUGUUGUUUAAUGUAUUCAUUUGAGAUUUUGCUGUAUUUAACAGAAUUUCUAUGUUUUCUAACCCAUUCUUUUUAUAUAAUUUAAUUUAUUAUAUUUAUUUGAGGAGAUUUCCUUAAUGCCUUCUCAAGAUAUUGUAUUGUAGGCUCCAGUGUGUGUAUUUUUGUUACAGCACGAGUGUGUGUAUGAUAGCGUGGAUGAGCAAUCGACUGUAGUUUUCAAUAUGGUAGGGCACAUACCUGUUGAUGUGUGACUGUGUCAGUCUCGCUGUACCGGUUUAAUUCAUUUGGAAUUUUUUGUGACACAGCUGAAAUGAUGAUUGUGAAUGGCCCAUGGACACACACACACACACACACACACACACACACACACACACACACACAUACACACACACAUGGACCAUCCUGGAAAAGCACUGACGUUCCACCUUAAAGGUCCAGAUGACACUCAGUCUCACAAACGGCUAAAUGACCCUUUUUUCUUUGUGAAGAGACUGUGAUGAGUGUCGCUGUGUGUGCAAUGUGCAGCUCACUCACUCUGACAUACACACUCCACAUAGAUAACAUGUACAUUGACAUUGUACAGACUAUGUAAAAAUAAGUAUAUAGAGUAACAAGAGCAGAAAAAGCACCAUAAGUAACAGCGGAAAUUGCUAUGGACGUAAAUGUAACGGGGGGGGGGGGGGGUUGUUUAAUUUUUUUUUUUUCCUCCAAGUCUUGUUAAAGUGUAAAUUUUCUUCAUACUGAUCGAGGUCUAAAAGUGGCAAUUUAAAUCCAUCAUGUCCACCCAUAAUCCAUUCAAAGUGAUUUUAAGCCCCGAUAUCUGUAACUGUCAGUCGCAUGUAUACUCCAUAAAGAGGUGGUUUGUCUGGAGGACAAGUAUGACUGUUAAGUUCUGGGCAAACCAGGGAUUUGCAGAGAAGAUUCUGUGAUGUGUCGCUGAGAUUAUGUGUUGCAUUAGUCAGCCAUCAGUCUACAGUAGCUGCAUCACCAUCUGCAGCUGAACCAUGCUGCAAACAUUCUGUGCAAAGAGAGAGGCAGCUUUCUCUCAAACAGUAGGACCACUUGAGACCACCCACCUUUUUCUUAAGACUAAAAGUAGCUGCUACAUGCAAGAAAAACAUUAUGCCAACGUCCUCCUGUCUUCAUAAACCCUUUUUACACCAACGUGGAACAGCUUCCGUUUCGGUUCUCGCACCUAAUUUUGUUUAGAGCAUUUUGACAACAGCAGCAAAAAAGAUUGGUUCAGACCCAGAAAUGUAGGUUCCAAGCUGAAACCAAAAAAUAGUUGUUUUUUUUAAAUUCAGCUUUUAUUGAAAAUACAAAGUCAGAUGUCAUGGAGAGCAGAAAUUUUCAGAAAGACAAGUGACAAGACUGAAAUUGAACAGUAAGGAAUAAAAAAACAAAACUAAGAGACAGCAUUGAAAAUCAAGUAGCAGAAUAUUACCAAAUAGCAGGUUAUAAUGAUGUAUGGCCAGUAUACUUUUCUUGUUAUUAACAUUCAAAAGACUUAAUUUUUCAAAAAUCUAUUUAAAAAUGUUUUAACAGGGGAUGAUUUUGCAGAUUUGGAUUUGUGUAUAUGAAAUUUAUCAAGCAGGAUCAGGAGGUUUGUCUCAAUGAAAUUAACAUUGCUUUCAAAGUAAAAAAGAACACCUUUGAGACUGAACUUCACAGAGUGACUGGUAUUUCUUAAAAUAUAAUAUUAGGUUUUUUUUGUUAACCUGAAGUGCAAACCGUGAUGACAUCAGUGCACGUCACAUUCUACAGGUUGGAACGAGAGGAUGGAGAAGACAAUAACGAACAUUUAGCAAGAAAUCAUCGGUGGUCUCAUUGAUAGAACAAAAGGUAACAGGCAAUCAAUGGGUGCCAUCUUGCUACUACAAUUUACUUUCAUUGUGCAACGCUCUCUAUUGAUGACACAUCCUUGAUUACAGUGGUUCUGAUCAAAACUGGUGAAAACAAAGCGGCAACCAAAUGAAGACAAUGUGGAAGUGCCAAAAACUGCAGUUCAUAAAAUGUCCACUUGAGGAUGGAUCCAAAACAGAAUCAAUCCCCAUAGACCUUCAUGUCACUGUUAACAUGUCUGACUUUACAGCAGAAAUAACCAUGUUUACAGUCUGGUACAAAAAACAGUUUUGGUCUCUAUAACUAAUUUCAACA